AUGGAAAAUAAAGAAGAUAGGAAACUGUUGAAAUCUACGUAUAUACAACAAGCCCAAAGAGGCUAUGUGAAAGAGCUGAUUUAUGAUUUUAGCAGCUCUUUGGGCCAUUCUUCUAGUGAUUUUUCAGCUUAUACCUAUACAGCUUAUGUGGUUGGUAAGCUUGUAGGCAAUGUUCUCUAUCUUUCCAUUAUUCUUUUUUCUGUUGAGUUUAUUCUACGCCAUCAGAGCGCGUUUUUAUUCAGUAAGUACAAUCUAGAGCACAUUGAGGCCUUUGCACUAGCUGCAGGGAUAUUAGCAAACUCUGUGCUGCCUCUGGGAAUGACAGUUAGAGCAAUGGAAUAUUGUCUCAAGUUCUACACAAAAUAUGAAUUUAUACCAUAUGUCUACGAGCACACAUUCACCACCCUAUGCCUAUCCUCUUUCAUACUUUCAAGUGUGCUUAACAAAACAAUUCUAAGUUACAUUGCGUCUUCUAUGCUCUCUAAUGUGUAUACAAUGCCUAUAGUGCUCGCUAUUUCCUGUUUUUCAUUAACACAUUUACUGGUAAAAGAAGGAAGCGGGAUGUAUAGGCAGAUAGACAAAUAUUUUAUAUACAGCUCAGAGAAACAGAACAUAUACAUCUUCGCUGUACAGUGGAUGUAUUUUGCACUUAUAUUCUCAAUAGGGGCAUUUAUCAUUACCACCUCAUCCAUAUACAUACUGGAUGCUCUUAUAAAAAUGUUUGAAAAAGCAAUGCUGUGGAUAAUGUAG